AUGGACUACCCUUCAAAAAAAUUGAAGAAGAUGGACGACGCUACUUGCAUAUCUUCUCUCCCCCAAGAGAUAAUUCUCAAAAUUCUCGCCUGUCUCCCUCCAAAAUCUGCAGUCUCUUUCAGGUGCACUUCCAAAUUCUUCCAAACUUUCAUCCCUCAGCCGCACUUCAAGUUUAGAAUGCUCUUCUGGUUCCCAUUCACAAAUCUGUACACUGUGGGCUUUACUACUGAAGAGAGCCAUGGAAGGCUCCAACCCAGCAGUCUCCAAUGCUCGGCAGAUGAAUUGCAGCGUUUUAAACAACUUAUUGGUUCAAGCUUUGCAGAUGGGAAGCUUUGUCUGAUCAACAGAUGGGGAGAGACCACUAUCUUGGACCUUAGUACAAGACAAUAUAUUUGUCUUCCCCUUGUCGAGCCAGGGGACCUGUGGACAAAAAUGUAUUUCGGUGCAGCCCUGGGUUUUGAUCCGGUGUCGAAAAGGUACAAGGUUUUGAGGUCAGAAUUAUACCGUAAUAAUACUCACCCCUAUUACCAGGGUAUGUUGAAGGUUUUAACUCUUGGGGUGGAUGAAUCAUGGAGGGCGGUGACUACAGAUUACUCCUUCCUCGCUUGCCAGCCCAUUGCUAGUGUUCAAAUUGAUGGUAUUAUCUAUUUGAAGAUGCAUUGCAGGGAUAAACAAGAAAUAGUUGUAUUUGAUAUUGAGACCGAGAAUUUAAUUAGGGUGAUACCUUUUCCCUAUAUAUUCCGUGUUAUGCCGACGAUGUAUUAUUCAUCAUGGGUGAAAUUAAAUGGUCGACUAGCUUAUAUUUAUGUUGAUGUAAAGAGAAGGACCCGAAUAUUUGUUUGUAAUUUGGAGAAAUCAUUGGGACCGGGGUGGGACAAACAUGAGAUUCCUCUUACAUUGGAAGAGGCUAAAAUCAUUAGACAAGCUGAAUCUGUGAGCAUUACAGCCAAUAGUAUUGGGGAAAUUGUGUUCUUGAUUCAAGCUAAGAAUAUGUCUCCUUCAAUUUUAAUUUAUGCAUGUGGACCACAAGUAUGGAGAAAGUUUGAGAUAUGUGAACUUCCUGGUUAUUCAUCUUCUCAAAGUUGGAGAAGGAUUAAUACUGUGCAUGUUAUGGAAGAGAAAGUAUAUUUUUCUGAAUGA